AUGGAGAAGUCAUUUAUUGUGAAACAUUUGUUAAAAACCAAUCUCCGGAUUGAAAAACAAAAAAACUGGAGCGUUAAGCCUAUAGGAACUGAUUCUUCAGAAAUGUAUGUUCUUGGUACAAAUAAACAGUGUGAAGUAGAAAGUUUAUCCCUAGAAGAACAACACAGUGGAUAUGUAAAUGAUUUGAGUAGCUGCAAUAACAAUAACGAGAUCCAACUACCCAAUGACUGUGCCAAUUUUGCAAAGUACUGGUUAUUUCAUCCCAAUCAACCAAAAAUUGGUGUACCAUUUGCAUAUAAAAAAACUUAUUUUCGGUUUGAUGGAGGAAAUCGUAAAUGGGUGUCAUUUAGAUCCAUGGAUAAAUCUCUAUUUUGUUGUAUUUGCCUUUGUUAUGGUGACGGAUCAGGACCGUUCUCUAAAGGAUUUAUUGACUGGAAGCAUGUGCAUACUCGAAUAAAUGAACAUGAAAAUUCAAAAACACAUAGGUUAAAUGUAGAUGCUCAUGUUAUGAAAAAACAAUUUUCAUCAAUUGAUUCACUAUUAACUUAUGGUCAUAGUUCAAUAAGGAAGAAAGAAAUAGAAAAUAGAAGGCAAGUUUUAUUUCGUAUAAUUGAUAUUAUUAAAUUAAUCGGUAAACGUGGACUGAGUUAUCGAGGUAAAACUUAUGAAGCCAUAUAUACUCUUGAUAAUCCAGCUUUAGACCAUGGUAAUUUCUUGGAAAUGAUUUUACUAGUGGGCAAGUAUGAUCCAGUACUCAAAGCUCAUUUAGAUAAAGCAAUUAAAAAUAGUACAAAAAGUCAUGAUUCUGGUUCCAAACAAGGAGGUGGGCACAUAAGUUUUUUACCUAAAACCACAGUCAAUUACAUUAUUGAGAUAAUAAGUGAAAUUAUAAAGUCAUCAAUUUCUGAAGAGAUCAUUAAAGCUGGAAUGUACUCUGUACAACUUGAUACUACUCAAGAUGUCUCUGUGAUUGACCAAUGCUCAGUUAUUAUAAGAUAUGUAAACGGUACUUCUGUAAAAGAGCGAUUAGUUGGCAUGAUAAAAUGCAAGUCAAGCAAAGGGAUAGCCUUUGUUGAUUUAGUCUUAAAAGUUUUUCAUAACCUGAACAUAAAAGCAAAUAACUGUGUAGGAAAUGCAACUAAUGGAGCUGCAAAUAUGCAGGGCCAAUAUAAUGGGUUUUCUGCAAAACUAAGUGAUGUAGCAGCUAAACAAAUACAUGUGUGGUGCUAUGCGCAUGUAUUGAAUUUAGUAAUAGGUGAUAUUACUCUUAAAGUAUUACAAUCUAUUACUUUAUUUGGAAUUUUAAAUGGGUGUGCAGUCUUCAUACGUGAAUCACACACCCGUAUGGAUGUUUGGACAACUAUGAAUUCCAGAAAAAGAGUUUGUACUAUUGGUGAAACUAGAUGGUGGUCAAAAGAUGCUUCUUUAACCAAAAUCUUUGGUAAUUUUAAUAAUCCUGAGUCUGGACUUUUUGUGGACCUUAUAUUAACAUUAAGUGAAAUUGAAACAAAUUCAAGUAUAAAAUCUGAAGCUCGUUUUAAAGCAAGUGGAUUAAAGGCAGGUUUAUGUAAAUACGAAAUAAUUUUAACAGCACAAAUGUACCUUAAAAUAUUUGAAAAAACUACACCGCUUUCUAAAUAUCUUCAAGGCAAAGAGAUCAAUAUAAUGACUGCGUAUCAAAUGGUAACACAAACAUUACAGGAUUUAAAAAAGUGUACACGUGAGUUUUCUAGGACUAAAGAUGCAGCUGAUAAGUUUGUACAACAUACCAAUAAAAUGUUUCAAAAAAUGAAAAACAAUGUAAUAGAAAUCGCAAAUAGUCUACCACAAUCUCGUAAAAAGAAAAAAACUAAGCAAUUUCAUGAUUAUGAGGCAGAUGAUGAUCCUAUAACAUACCCAUUGCAUUCAUAUGAAGUUAAUGUUUACAAUCAAGUACUGGACACUGUUAUUGAGAGCAUUUCUUCAAGAUUCGAAAAACAUGGACAGUUAUGUGCAGAUUUUGCAUGUCUUGACUCUAAUAAUUUCAAACCAGAUGUAACACUUCCAAAAAAUGCUCUUAUUGGUGUGUUUGAUAAAAUUUGCAAUUAUUGUCCAGGAAUUAUGUACGAAGACUUUCGAAAUGAAUAUUUAGACUUCAUAUCAAAAUGGAAAGAAAUAAAAAAAAGUAUUGACUGUGUAUAUACUGAACUACAAGACUAUGAUGAAAAUAUUGAUGAAUGUUCAAAUGAUGUUGAACUUUUAGUAUCGUGUAGUCAUAAUCCAAGCACGAAUGCAAAAUAUUGUGUAGUUUGUUGCUUUGAUGUGCUUGUGAAGUACAACUUAUACACAAAUGCAUAUCCCAGUCUGUUUGUUGCGUAUAAACUAUUGCUGACAUUAUCCGUGACACAAGUAGGAUGUGAAAGGAGUUUUUCUAAAUUGAAAUAUAUAAAAAAUUACUUGAGAAAUACAUUGGGCCAAGACAUUUUAGAAAGUUUCAUGCUAAUGAAUGUUGAAAAAGAUUUACUGAGUACAAUUGAUUCAAAUGAUGUGAUCAAUAAAUUAGCUGCUAGGAAUAAAGCAAUAACCAACAGUACUAGAGAGCAUUUAGGUGUUGAAAAAAGAAAAAAGCUAAAGAAUUGGUUCAAUAAUGUAUGCAAAGAAGCAGUGGAUAAAAGAAACGAGUUAAGAAAGAAGGUACUGCAAAAUCCAUCAACUAGCGAUACUGAUAGAUACGAAGCACAAAGAAAGAUCACAAACAAGAUAAUAAGAGAAAAGUGUAUAUAUGAAAAACAACCUUACGACAAUGAAAUUGAAGAAAUAGAUUAUGACACAGUGGAAACAGAAAUCGAGAAACCUACUCAAAAUGAAAUCGACGCGGUAAUUGAUGGUCUCAAAAAUAAUAAGGCAUCGAGUGAUGAUGGUGUGGUUGCAGAAUUGUUAAAAAGAGGAGGUUUACUGCCAUGA